CUAGGCUAGGUUGUGCUAUGUUAUGCUAAAUGGUUGACUUUCAGCAGCUGACGGGACUGGACGUGUUUCUGCGCACGUCUGCGUUGAUCUAGUUUCGAAUACUUUUAACACUCGAAAGAAAACAGCAUGAAUUUAGUCAGGUCCCGACUUUCCGUUGGUAACCUCUUGGGUCAGCGGCACAGACACAUCAGAGGGAUGUGCAAUAAACCACAGGAGGUCAAAACAGAGCCGCCGCCUGCAGCUCCAGCACAAGCAUCUCCUCGUCUCGGCUUCAAGAUCCCAGGUUACAGACCCUCGCAGCUGGACAAGAAGAUUCUAGUGUGGUCGGGACGCUACAAAGGAGCAGAGGAGAUACCAGAGUUUGUGUCGUUUGAAACACUGGAUGCUGCCAGAAACCGAGUCCGAGUGAAAGCCUGCUAUGUGAUGAUGGCGGCAACAAUAGGUGGCUGUUUGCUGAUGGUCAUCCUGGGCAAACGGGCCGCGAGCAGACAUGAGUCCCUGACGGACCAGAACAUGAAGAAGAAGGCUAAAUGGAGGGAGGAUCUACAGAGAGAGCAGGAAGCAGCGGUUGCCCUGUCUGACAAGGCUCAGUGAUGGAGGAUGACGACAAACAAAGGCACAUCCGGGUAUCUCCCCUCGCUGAUUCAUAUACAUCACCGCCAGUGACUAGAACGGCCUGACACUGUAUAAUACGUAAUUAUUUGGUCAUCUGUGACAAGUUAAAAAACAAACCUCAAGAAAAUGAAUCUUAUAAUAUAUUUUAAAUUUCAUUCUAACAUCAAGAAGGUCCCAUUUUGUUCAUGUGACGUCUGCGUUUGUACGUGAAACGGGCCAAAAACACACAAGUCAAUUAAAGUAAUCUUUGUUGAUCACA